CCCACCUUUGCCAAGCCAAGCCAUCCGUUCCAGUCGCAAACCACAUCAACACAAGGAUUCCUUUCCGUCUCGUUGGCUCGCUCGCUCGAGUGCAAAUGGCAGUGGCAUCGGGGAUGGCCUUUUCUGUCCGCCCGGCGCCGGCGCCCGCGGCCCGGCUCUGCAACGCCUCCGCGGCCGCCGGUGGGGCGAGGAUGCGCGCCGGCGGGGCCGGCUGCGGCAACGGCAAGUGGUGGGCGCCGCUGCUGGGGUGGUCCGGGCAGCCGGACUACAUCGACGCGCAGCCUGCGUCGGCGGCGGAGGACGAGGAGCUGCCGCGGCAGCGGGGGGCGCCGCGGAGGUUCGGCGUCCUGACGGAGGACAAGGCGCGGCAGCUGCGGAUGCAGAUGAUGGAGACCGGGAGCUUCCACGACGCCAUGUACCACUCCGCCAUCGCGUCCCGCCUCGCCUCCGCCGCGCCCGACAAGCACUAGCCCUUGUCCGGCGGAAGCCAACCCAACUCGCCGACAAGAAGCAAUCGCUGUGUAUAUAUAUGCUUCCAUGUUUAUUCCUUCUUCUUUUUCCCCCCAUCUUUAAGUUUUUUAGAAAAAACUACGUGGUGAUGUUGUUGUUGGGAGGAGAUGUACAGAUUAGAGGAGGGGGCUCGAUCCGCUGCGACGAGCCUCCCAAACCUGGUGCAGCUGAGCUGAUUAUUGUGUACCAGUAGUUCUUGCACCGAAAUGUUGUGGAAAGAAACCUGCCUGUACGGUGUUGUCUAUGUUAUUGCAAAGACCUGAGCUCUGCUUUCUUUCAA